AUGACAGUUGAUUUACCAAAAUAUUCCGAUAAUAAAGACAUGGGGCCCACGGUGGAAACCAAGAGAGAGCAGCUUCCACUUGCAGACGAUGAUAGUGAGAAUGGCAGUGACAACGAAGAUGAACAGCCUCAAGUGGUAACACUGAAAAAAGGGGAUUUGACUGCUGAAGAAGCAAUGAAAAUUAAAAAGCAAAUUAAAGAGGCCUUGAAGUCAAAUGAAUCAGAUGGUGAACAAGAACCUGCUGAUGGAAAAAUUAUGUUCAGGAAACCAGCCAAACGUUCAUCAGAGAAGAUUUUGGACUUCAAUGUAAGCUCAAGUAAGAAGAUGAAAGAGGCAAAGAAAACUAAGAGAGAAGCAACUACUUCUCAGAGCACAGCUAAACAAAUAAAAAAUAGCAGUCUUCUCUCAUUUGAUGAUGAGGAAAAUGAUGAUUAG